AUGGUAAACGAUAUUUCUAGAGAAAAUCGGACCUUAAAAGAAGAACUGGAGAAGCUCAAAAGUGUACGAAACAAGGAAAAGAAUAAGAAGCUUGAUAAAAACCUGUGUAUCACUGGCCUGAUAAGUGAUGAGAGCGAUAAGGAAAAUUUACAAAACAAACUGCACUCUCUGUUUCAGGCUUCAGAAGUGACUGUGCCAGAAUCUGAGUACAAAGUUCUUGAAAACAUUGAGACAAGAAACGGGAUGAAGACUGUUAUUUCACUACAAAAUAAGGACAAAAAAUACGUCAUUCUGAAAACCCGUGCGAAGAAAGGAAAAAUUACGAUAUCCAGCGUUGGUGUUGGUGACGAGAAUACGCCUAUCUUUAUCAAUGAAGAUAUGUCCAAAGACACCUACACGCUUUUUAAAAAGGCGAAGGAUCUUAAAAAUAUGGAUUAUAAGCAUGUAUGGCAUCGUGAUGGGAAAAUCUUGGCGAGGAAAAAUGAUGAUGAUAAACCAGUCCAUAUAAAAAAUGAAGCUAUGUUAGAUGAACUUUUAGGUUAG